AUGGCGCCGCAACCGGUUACAGUGGCGGACUACCGGGCACAGUUUCGGGCGCAGCAGGCGGCAGAGGAAAGGGUCGAGGGCGAGGCAUCUCCUGCAGUGUGUGUGGGUGGCAAGCGCCUGCCACAGGACGGUUCCAUUCGAUUGUCGGAUCUGGACAUCGAUCUGAAGGCCCCAGCCAUGUACUGCUGCCCAGAGGAGUACCUAGCGUGUUCCACGGAAGCCGAGCUCAAGCGAAAGCCACCCCCACAGUUGGGGCUCGAGAAGUAUCUGACACUAUGGAUCUUGCUGGCAGUGGCCCUCGGCAUUGCAGUGGGUCAGUUUGAAGGGGUCCGCCGUGCUUUGCACGCCCUGAAGCUGGGCAACACCAAUCUGCUGACCGCCUGUGGGAUGAUCGUCAUGCUGCUGCCGCCCUUCGCGGCCGUGAAGUACGACGAGUUCUUUGCCGCGCUGCGGCGCAUUCCGAAACGCAUCGCCGUGGGCAGCGUGGUGGUGAACUGGGCGAUUGGUCCCUUCCUGAUGCUCUUCAUAGGCCUUGCCACGCUGAACCAGCACCCAGACCUGCUGCAAGGUGUGAUCUACAUCGGCGCCGCCCGAUGUAUCGCCAUGGUCCUGGUCUGGACCGCCAUCGCGGGUGGAGAUCAGUUCCUGUGUGUCUCCCUGGUCCUGCUGAACUCUGUGAUCACCGUGGUGACCUACGCCCCCAUGGUGACCCUACUGGGCCUCGUCGCCUCCGCGCUGGAGGUGGAGAUGCGGGGUGACGUGGGCUUCUUCACGGUGCUGCAAAGUGUGUUGAUCUACCUGGGCAUUCCCUUGCUCUUGGGCAUCCUGAUGUGGUCAGUGGGUCGAUCCCGGCCCUGCUAUCGCAGCUGGUUCCUGCCACGCUUCGCACCCUGUGGGCUGCUGGCGCUGCUGUGGACGGUGGUGAUGAUGUUUGCAGAGAUGGGCAAACCAUUGCUGUCGGGACAGGUGGGCAUUAUCAGCAUCUUCUGGGUCUGCGUGCCUUUGCUCAGCUACUUUCUGCUGAUGUUCUUUGUCUCCUGGGCGAUCUCGCGCUACAUCUUGAAUGGCUCUCUGCCUGAGAGUAUCACCUUCGCCUUUACCGCGGCCAGCAACAACUUUGAGCUGGCGCUGGCGGCCUGUACAGCCAUCUUUGGCACCAGCUCCAACCAGGCGGUGGCCACCCUGCUGGGCCCGCUGCUGGAGAUCCCCGUGAUGCUGGCACUGGUGAAGGUGGCACAAUGCUUGGCGCGGGAGCCAAAAAGUGGCAGUGGCCAAAACAGAAGUGAGGAUUCGGUUUGA